GAAAAGAUGGGGAGAGGAAAGAUCGAGAUCAAAAGGAUCGAGAACAACACAAAUCGACAAGUAACCUUCUGCAAGAGGAGAAAUGGACUUCUGAAGAAAGCAUAUGAACUUUCGGUUCUAUGUGAUGCUGAAAUCUCCUUGAUUGUCUUCUCUAACCGAGGGAGACUCUACGAGUAUGCAAAUAACAACAUGAAAUCAACUAUAGAGAAGUACAAGAAGGCAACUUCCAAUGCACCAAACACUUGUUCAAUUCAAGAGAUUAAUACUCAAUAUUACCAGCAAGAGUCGAAGAAGCUACGCCUGCAGAUACAAGCUAUUCAAAACACUACCAGCCAUCUUAUGGGCGAAGGGCUGAAUUCUUUGAGCUUUAAGGAACUGAAACAGGUGGAGACUAGACUCGAGAAAGGAAUCUCAAGGAUCAGGUCCAAGAAGCAUGACAUGAUUCUUGCAGAAACAGAAACCUUGGAAAAAAGGGGGAUCGAGCUUGAACAUCACAACACGUUCCUGCGCUCUAAGAUCGCAGAGUGUGAUCAGAGGGUGCAGCAGCAGCAACAACAGGUAGAUUACAAUGCAAUAGAAGCAUAUCUUGCUAGGAGCAACCUUCAUCUGAAUAUAAUGGGACCUUUGGAUCAGGACGACGCACCUAAUUCUCCUUAUCCCAUUCCUCCCAACAAGUCUCUUCACCUUGGGUAUGAUUACAUUAAUUAA